GUGAUAAAGUUCAUAUUUGUGUGUUAUGAAUUUGAACAUGGAAAAUGGAAGGUAAAUAGUGAUUAAUACAAAUCAUUCGUGCGAGGAUUGCAGUGGAAAUUAUUGAAUUGUUUUGUUAUAUGUAUUAAUUGAAUCUGUGUGAUACAAUGUAAGGAGCAGCAUAGAAAAUGUACCGUCAACAACACAGUCAACGAUCACUCUUGACAGAAAGGAUGAUGACAAAGAUGAGAAGAAUGACUACAAUCCCUUCGAACAUCGAGAUGUUGUUCAUCCUACUUCGACUUUAGGCGCAUUCUUCCACCUACUCAAAUCAUCAUUAGGGUCAGGAUUGCUUGCGAUGCCAGCUGCCUUCAGAAACACCGGGCUAAUCCCUGGUUGCAUUGGCACGAUUCUCGUCGGAGUUAUUGCUACACAUUGCGUGCAUAUUUUGGUUUCCACAUCCCGAGCUGUCAGCAAGAAUUGUCGAGCACCAUCAUUAAGCUACACGGAUACUUGCGAAGAAGUGUUCAAGCAAGGACCGAAAAAGUUACAACAAUACUCUAAACAUAUCAGACACUUCGUAGACGCAGCGAUGGCGGGAGUAUGUCUUGGAGGAACGAGUGUUUAUGUGAUAUUUAUCGCUUCGUCUCUGAAAGAUAUAUGCGACCACUUCGUGCCAUCCAAGAAGUUCGAAGUUGAAGUCUACUGCGGGAUCCUACUCCUCCCACUUAUCUUGAUCACUCAAAUCCGUCACCUAAAGUUCUUAGUACCUUUCUCGGUGCUAGCCAACGUGUGUUUAGUGGUCACAUUUGGUAUUACUUGCUUCUAUACGUUCACUGAUUUAAAACCGCUGGAGAAUAUUGAGAUGGUGGCCAGUGUUGAAAAGUGGCCGCUGUUUUUGAGUACAGCAAUAUUUGCAAUGGAAGGAAUAAACGUUGUGAUGCCAGUGGAGAACGAGAUGGCCAAACCCCAACACUUUCUCGGCUGUCCCAGUGUUUUGAACGUCACUAUGGUAUUCGUCACCAUUUUGUAUGGUGUCGUCGGAAUAUUCGGCUACAUGAAGUAUGGGGAAGGCGUUUUAGGGAGUAUCACGUUGAAUCUGCCGGAGGGUGAAAACCUGGCUUUAACAGCAAAAAUCCUUGUGGCGGUCGCAGUAUUCUUCACAUAUUGCCUACAAAUGUAUGCACCAAUGGACAUUAUAUGGACGAGAAUCAAGUGCAGGAUCAGCAAAAACUAUUUCAAUAUUAGCCAAAUUACUCUUAGGACUCUUAGUGUAACUUUGACAGUUGUGUUAGCAGUGGCAGUACCAGACUUGGAACUCCUCAUCGGUCUAGUUGGAGCAAUCUUCUUCUCCACGCUGGGCCUCCUAAUCCCAGUCGUAGUUCAAACAGUCCACUUGUGGGAAAAGGGACUGGGCAAGUUUUCCUAUAUACUGUGGAAGAAUGCUCUGCUACUAAUAUUUUAUUUCAUAGUACUAGUGUCAGGGUGUUAUACGGCAGUUAGUGAAAUUAUAUUGAAGUUUAGAUAAGUUUAUUUAUUGUUUGUGUAAGGCCAUUAUUGUUUUUAUACGUAAUACAAUGUUAUUGACAAUAUA